CUAAAAGUGUCGUGGAUGCCGUCGUUGUCGGAACAUAAGUUUCGGAAGAAAUCAUUUGCAGUUUGGUGCGUAAGAAACGCAAACAACGUGCGGAGUGAUACCGAUCCGUUGUGUAUGGUGCUUCGCAUUGGCGCAUUUUAAGUACUUUGUGAAUAUUUGUGAAAGUGAUGUUAAUUCUGAGUGUGCGUUUCAUGAAGCAAGAAAUAAGAAGUGUGUAAAAAUUUUAAAAAUAUGCUAUUUGAUUACAUUCAUAUAUAUGAAAGAAUUAAUUAAAUUAAAAAGUAUGUUUUGUUGUUUGUUAUGACGAAAUACAAUUCAAAUGCAGUGUUACAAAACAGCUCAAGCUUCAAAAUCAACAUAAGCAAGAACAUUUCGGAUUCAGUUGCCAUGGAACGCGUUAGCGUCAAGCAGGAAUUCAGCAGCUUUGCACAACAUUCACCCUUUCCACAUUCAGCUUUGCACCAUGGCCAUCAGCAGACAACGCUCAUACAUCAACAACGCUCACCCACACAACGCCUCCAUCAUCACCACCACCAUCACCACCCUCUCCAUCAACAAUCGCAACAAUAUCAGCAACAACAACAUUCUCAUCAGCAACAUUUACAUACACUCUUCAGCCGUUAUGGCGCUGCCGUCGGCAUUGGUGUCGGUCUAAACUUUGGUGGGGAUCCAGUCGACCGCGUUGCGGCAAGUGCUUUCCUUGCUGAUAACGGUAACGCUUGUAAUUAUUCCAAUUCGCGUGACAGCGAUAAACUCAACUUGACACCUUCGCCCAUAUUUACGGAUUACGACGAAAAUAGCCUGAGUUCGGAAGAGCAUGUGCUGGCACCGUUGGUGUGUUCAUCGGCUCAAACGUCGCGGCCCUGUUUGACAUGGGCCUGUAAGGCAUGCAAGAAAAAGAAUGUUGCAGUGGAUCGCAGAAAAGCUGCAACACUGCGGGAGCGUCGGCGGUUGAGAAAGGUUAAUGAGGCUUUUGAGGUGCUUAAGCGUCGCACGUCAACGAAUCCAAAUCAAAGAUUACCAAAAGUUGAAAUACUUCGCAAUGCUAUCGAAUACAUUGAAAGUCUCGAAGAUCUGUUGCAGGAGUCAUCGCCCACACGUUCCAUAGACAGUCUUGCAGAUGGUAUAAGUGGGAAAGCGUGUCAACAGGACUAUUUGAACUCAUACACAGGUGCGUAUUUGCGACAGAAGUUAAAUUUUAUCCACAAUGGUAUGGACAGAUUCGCCGUCUUUACAGAAUAUGAAUCGUCCACAGCAAAUGGUUCCAGUCUGGAUUGUCUAAAUUUGAUUGUACAAAACAUUAAUCGAAGUACAACGCAAACCACACUAACAACGAUUGCGGGCAAUAAUAAUAACAACAACAAACAAAGUAACAAAAGCAGCAGCAGUAGUGGUAGUAACAACGGUAGCAACAAUUCAAGCAAUGCCGUCGCCACUGUUCCAGUGACGACUUCACCAUCAACAGCAAGUAUUACCAGCAAUAUAUCGCAAAGCUCGUCGCAAUCGUCGUUGAAUGCGACUUUUAAGCAAAAAUGCACAACAUAAUAAUAAUAUAAAAACUGUGUAUAUAUUCAAAUGUAUGUACAUAUGUAAUUUUGUAUAGAAUAAAUUAGCGAGUAUAUAGAGGAGCUGUAAAAUAAUUCAAUCAUGGAGAUUUAAUUCACUCAUAAUUCUUUUAUAAAAUGUGAUUAUUGGAUUGUACAAAACCCAUUUUUUUAAAUUGUAAAUGAAUGAAAAAAUUUUGUUUGAAAAACUUUAGUGCGCUAUUAAAUGGAAUAAAAGCAUUCAGUGUUUGCAUUCACUUACAUCUGAGUUCACGACAAUAGC